CAUGGAGUUCCUCUCUCUGCUUCCUGUCACUUUCCUAUUUGAUCUUUACUGUUCUUGAAACCAUCCAAUCUAGUUUACGGAUCGGGGUUGUGGAUAUUUACUAAUUUCUUUGAAGAUAGAAUCUGUGUGUUUAUUUUCCUGCUUGCUUUGGAAAGAGAUGAAUUCUUAGAAGAGAAAGUUUUGGCUGUACUCGGCCAUGUUCAAAGCAGAAGUACGCUUCACUUAUUUUUCCCAAGGGUUUUGUCUUUCAUAAUCUUUACAAACAGGUUCUUGCAGCUGGGGGGUGGGUUCAGGUAGGGAAGUCCAGAGUGGUCAUGUCACCUGUUCUUACACCUGCAGAUAAAGUAAACUUAUUCAGGUAGACGUAGUGAAAGAGUAAAUAAGUGUAGUGUGGCCUAAGGAGCAGAACCCUCCUUGCUUGUGCAAAGGGAACACAGCAGAGGGCUGGGCAAGUAGAGGAGGUCUGUUUCUUUUUUCUGAAUGAAUCAAUUAAUUGAAAGGAUGGAUUCUUUUCCUCCUUGGAUGUUUCUUUGCAGGAACUCAUGCAGCCAGAAUCUGGGGCCAAUGGAACGGCCAUUGCUGAGUUCAUCCUGCUGGGCUUGGCGGAGGCACCAGGGCUGCAACCAGUUGUCUUUCUGCUCUUCCUCUUUGCCUACCUGGUCACGGUCGGGGGCAACCUCAGCAUCCUGGCAGCCAUCUUGGUGGAGCCCAAACUCCACACCCCCAUGUACUUCUUCCUGGGGAACCUGUCAGUGCUGGAUGUUGGGUGCAUCAGCGUCACUGUUCCCUCUGUAUUGAGUCGUCUCUUGUCCCACAAGCGUGCAGUUCCCUACGGAGCCUGCCUUGCCCAGCUCUUCUUCUUCCAUCUGUUCGUUGGAGUGGACUGCUUCCUGCUGACCGCCAUGGCCUAUGACCGAUUCCUGGCCAUCUGCCGGCCCCUCACCUACAGCACCCGCAUGAGUCAGACAAUCCAGAGGAUGUUGGUGGCUGUGUCCUGGGUUUGUGCUUUCAGCAAUGCACUGACCCACACUGUGGCCAUGUCCACGCUCAACUUCUGUGGCCCCAAUGUGAUCCAUCACUUCUACUGUGACCUCCCGCAGCUCUUCCAGCUCUCCUGCUCCAGCACCCAACUCAAUGAGCUGCUGCUUUUUGCUGUGGGUUUUCUAAUGGCGGGUACCCCCAUGGCUCUCAUUGCCAUCUCCUAUAUCCAUGUGGCAGCUGCGGUCCUGCGAAUUCGCUCUGCAGAGGGCAGGAAAAAAGCCUUCUCCACGUGCGGCUCCCACCUCACUGUGGUUGCCAUAUUCUAUGGUUCAGGUAUCUUUAACUACAUGCGACUAGGUUCAUCCAAGCUUUCAGACAAGGACAAAGCUGUUGGGAUUUUCAACACUGUCAUCAACCCCAUGCUGAACCCAGUCAUCUACAGCCUCAGAAACCCUGAUGUGCAGAGUGCCCUCUGGAGGAUGCUCGUGGGGAGGCGGGCACUGGCUUGAGGAGGGCACUGGCUUGACUCUUUCUGCCUGUGUCUUUUUGUGCUAAAGGAAAAAUCUUCUAGAGCCAGAAACCAGGAAAAACAUGGUUCAGACCUGUUUCUAUCUCCCUGGGCAUAAGAAGGACUUUUUGUAGGGAACAAUAGCUGUCAUUUCUUAAAGCAGCCCUGCCCAGUUAUAGGCAGUGGGUGUAGAGGUUCUGCCAAGCCAGCCCCUUAGACAAAUUACAACUUCAGGAACUGUGUUCUCCCCUUUCUGGCUAGAGGGGAAACCUGGGAAGCUGUGAAUGCUUACAGGCUCCAAGAGGGAAUGACUCGCUGGUUGGAUACAGCUUGGUUUCCCAGAAGCACCCCAGAAAACUUCUCCCACCCCAAAGUCAUCUUUUUCCCCCAAGUUCAGGUAUGCUUGGUCUGUGUAUACAUCAUAGGUCUAGAGAUUAGGAUUCUUUUAUUUCUCCCAUCAGAACACUAUAAGCAAAAAUGAAACAAACAGAAACAAAAAAAAAAGUAGCUCUUUCUAUUCCCAUUAAACAAAGAUCCCAUAGCAUCUCCAGGGGACCGAGGGGAAGCUGUAUGAUGAUGUGUCCUCUAGUAAUUCUGGUGCACACGAGAGCUGUGUGCAGCUCACAGACUUGC